AUGCGCCUCGUUGCGAGGACCUCCCGUAGUUCGUCCGUCGCCGCAUCUGCUCCCUCCAAUUCAGGCCCCUCCUCUCCUCCCACUCUUCCCGAGCCGCUCAUUCCUCUUGGCCAAUCAGAGCUGCGCGUGUCACCGCUGGGAAUCGGCACGCUCCAAUGGGGCGAUCCGCGGUCGGGCUUCGGUGAACAGUACUCCGCUGCUGACCUGGCAGAGGCCUUCCGGCCGGCGCUGGCGGGCGGCAUCAACUUGUUUGAUUCUGCAGAGGUCUACGGCUACCAAAGCAUCCCAGCCGGCAACUCCUCCGAGCAGCUUCUGGGAAGGUUCGUGGCAGAGGAGAAAGCGAGGAGGCUUCAGGAGGGAAGCGGCAGCUCACAAUCCCUGACACCUGUGGCAGCCACUAAAUUCUUCACCAUCCCCUGGACCAACCUGCUCGUGGGUGGCGGGCUGCGAUUCGGCCGCCAGUCGCUGAUAGAUGCUCUCAAGGCGAGCCUGCAGCGCCUUGGCAUGGAGCGAGUUGACCUCUACCAGGUAGCACCUGCACCAGGUAGCACCUGCACCAGGUACCACCUGCACCAGAUCCACUUCCCCUUCCCCACCAUCAGCAACGCCACGCUGAUGGACGGGCUAAAGCAGGCGCAUGCAGAGGGGCCCCUUGCAAUCCCGUCUCUCUCUCUCUUGAUUCUCCUCCCUCCCACCCGCCCAUGCCCUUCCAUGCAUCGCCCUCGUCUCCUUCCCCAUCAGAUCCACUUCCCCUUCCCCACCAUCAGCAACGCCACGCUAAUGGACGGGCUCAAGCAGGCGCAUGCAGAGGGGCCCCUUGCAAUCCCGUCUCUCUCUCUCUUGAUUCUCCUCCCUCCCACCCGCCCAUGCCCUUCCAUGCAUCGCCCUCGUCUCCUUCCCCAUCAGAUCCACUUCCCCUUCCCCACCAUCAGCAACGCCACGCUAAUGGACGGUCUCAAGCAGGCGCAUGCAGAGGGGCUGGCGACGGCUGUGGGUGUGUCCAACUACAACACACAGCAGUUGCAAGAGGCGCAUUCUCUUCUCAAAGCAGCAAACAUCCCGCUUGCCUCAAACCAAGUCAAGUUCAACCUCUUGGACCGAGGCACAGAGACCAACGGCCUGCUGCACGCAUGCAAGGACCUGCAAGUGUCGCUCAUAGCCUACUCGCCCCUGGCAUCGGGCCUGCUCACAGACAAGGCUCUUACGCGCACAGACAAGGAUGCCGUGCGGGUGCGGCCCUUGCUGCAGCUGAUGAGGGCGAUUGGGGAGGAGUAUGGUGGCAGGAGCGUGUCUCAGGUGGGCAAGAGCGUGUCUCAGGUGGGCAAGAGCGUGUCUCAGGUGGGCAAGAGCGUGUCUCAGGUGGGCAAGAGCGUGUCUCAGGUGGGCAAGAGCGUGUCUCAGGUGGGCAAGAGCGUGUCUCAGGUGGGCAAGAGCGCGUCUCAGAUGGGCAUCGCUGUUGACAAAACACUUAGUUCAAUAACGGAGGAACUGCACUAG